AUGGCCACCCUCACCAUGACUUCCACUCCCGUGCGACAGCCCUUUGCCAGCCUGGAUGCCCCGCGGGUACGCUCCUUGCUCAAGACCAAGAUGAACGUGCAGAACAAGCAAAAUGGUGCUCUCUUGACAAGCAAGCGUCAGCCACUGUCCGACAUUGACUCCGAGAACAUCGACCCCGUCACCCUGAACCACUCCUCCAAACGCAAGCGUGGUGCCGACGACGACGACCACGAGCCCGUCAAGGGCCCUUCCAAGCCCCUCAAGGCCUCCCGCGUGGCUCUCACUACCGUCAAGUCAUCGCCUGCGCCCCCCAGAGCAACCCCUUCGACUCCUAAAUCCGCCCCCACUCUGAAGCCUGCUGGCCGCUCCCCCCAGGCCAAACCCUGCAAGCCAUUCGCUCGUCGCUCGACAAUCGCCAAAUCCCGUGUCGAUCCUACCGCCAGAAAGAGUGUCAACCGCCCGUUCUCCAUUGCGACCGCUCUGUCCAAUGGCAAGCCCAAGAGCCAGCCCGCCAAAACCCCUGCUUCCUGGUCCUUUGAUAUCUACGUGGACUCCGAGCAGGAGGAGAUGACCAACCUGAUGCAACACUCGACCGGUGUGUUGGAUAUCAGUGACGACGAAGGCAAGGUGGAACCGAGCACCCGAGGCAAGGAGAAUAUCCCUCCUGCAGAUUUGGGUAUCUCCUUGCCUCGUUCUCGUCAGCAGGAAUCCUCUGCCGCCGCAGCCCGGAAAUCCGUCAUGAUGGAGGAAUCCCGCUCUCCGUUGGGUGAACUGAACACGGCCGACUACUAUGGCGAGGAUUGCCACGCCUUUUCGUACGCCAUCAUCUACGAUGACGAGGAGGCCAUCGAACCUGAGAAGGUCUCUGUUCCGUCCGUGCCCCGAGCCUCAGGCAGCUCUCACCAUACCCGAAGCAAGCUCUCUAGCGUCUCUUCGAUCUCUUCUAUCCUGGAAGCAACUGCGCCUAAAACCCCUGUCACAGAACCUACCGAUCACGCCACCGCCGAGGUCGAGAUCUGGGAAAGCGGGAGUGCUGCGGAUGAGGCUGAGAAGGACUCCUGUAGAGUCUAG